AUGCACUUCACCGCCCCCUCCGUCGCCUUGUUGGCUCUCGCAGCUGGUGUUCAGGCCAGUGGCGCUAAGCAGCAGCACGAACCCCCCGUUCACAACGGAAAGGGUAUCGCCAAGCACCAAGCUAGCGGUGCGACUGGCACCGGUGUCGUUCCUACCGGUAUCCACACCGGUACUCACCCUAUCGUGACCGGCUCCCACGGCAACGGUACCCACCCCGGUGGCAAGAACAGCACUAUCGUCGGCACUGGUACCGCCCCAUGCUACAGCUGCCACGGUAGCUCGACCAUUCCUGUCAACGUCCCUACCAAGACCCAUGGCGCUGGUGGUCCUUCCCACUCCGGUGGUGCUGGCGGCAUUGGCGGUGGCUCUGGCUCUGGUAGCAACGGCUCUGGAUCUGGCUCCGGUUCUGGGUCUGGCUCCGACUCUGGCUCCGGCGCAUCCCCCACCGAUUACGCCCCCUCCAACCCUGGCUCCAAGGUCAGCGCACCCCAGGUUGGAGUCGCUGGUGCUGUUAUUGGCAGCAUUGUCUAUGGUGCCGUUAUGCUGCUUGCAUAA